AAAAAAAAAGGCCAAAUAAAGAAAAAAAAGUCGAGUGCGCAACUACAAACCCAAAAACAUGCAGACAAAUAUCAGCAUACCAUACCUCCAUUUUCGUUUUCAAUUUGAUUUCUGUUGCAGAGCGCUCAAAUGCUGUGAGAAAUAAUAAUAAGGGUCCUUUAUGACCCACUGCACAGAGCUCUCUGUAAAAUUAACCCAUAUUUGAAGAUACUAUACUUAUUAACCUUUUUUUUUCCGGUUUUGUUUUGGGUCUCCCCUCAUCUCUUUGAAAUGGCUUUGGUGGAAAGCAAUAAUGGCGGAGGAAAUUUUUUGCAGCACGGGAAUGGAACCUCUGAUGUAUCGAGCGGGGAGAAAGAUGGCGGAUUUAACAGUGAGAUGAGGGAGCUGGUUGAUUUGCUGUCAAAGUUGAACCCUGCAGCUGAGGAAUUUAUCCCCACUUCUUACAGAUCCUUGUCCAUCAGCGACGGUGGCAAUAAUAACGGCAGUAAUGGCAACAGGCGGAAGAAAAAUAAAUAUAACCAGGGUAAACGAAGAGUUAACGGGAGGACGCUAAGAGCUCAGCGUGAAGACAGUGUCAAGAGAACUGUUUACGUAUCUGACAUAGAUCAACAGGUGACAGAAGAGCAACUUGCAGGUCUUUUCUUAAAUUGCGGGCAGGUUAUUGAUUGUCGCAUAUGUGGUGACCCCAAUUCAGUUCUUCGGUUUGCUUUCGUAGAGUUUCAUAAUGAAGAGGGUGCAAGAAGAGCUUUGAGCCUUGCAGGAACCAUGCUGGGAUAUUAUCCUGUCAGGAUCCUUCCUUCAAAGACUGCAAUUCUUCCAGUUAACCCAACGUAUCUUCCAAAAUCUGAAGAUGAGCGGGAGAUGUGUGCUCGCACAAUAUACUGUACAAACAUUGACAAAAAGGUUUCUCAAGCAGACGUACGGAUGUUUUUUGAAUCACUUUGUGGUGAGGUUUCUCGUUUAAGACUGCUUGGGGAUUCUGUUCAUUCUACCCGUAUUGCAUUUGUUGAGUUUGUAAUGGCUGAGAGUGCCAUACUUGCAUUGAACUGUAGUGGCGCAAUUUUGGGAUCUCUGCCAAUAAGGGUGAGUCCAUCAAAGACACCAGUUAGACCUCGCAUGCCUCGUUCUAUCAUGCAUUGAAGUGACUAUUUGAAACUGUGCUGUAAUACAUGCUUGCUGAAUUUAUAUGCUCAUCGAUCUAAAUUCAGGUUCAUCGAAGGAUGCUUUCCUUAGGUGUAAUGGCAUUUUGAUAGAUAUCUAUCUAUUAGAGUAAAACUUAGUUGUAUGAGGAACAAUUAAGGUCUAUUAAGAUAGAAAUGCAAUGAGGUUCAAGCAUUGGCUGCUUCUGAAUUACUAGACUGGGUGAGCAUCAUAUUUAUAAGCUUCUGGAGUUCUACUGGACAUUACUAUUUUUCUGCUGCUUACGAGUAUUCUCACACUUUUCAAGAUUUGAGGUGUUUCAAGAGCGUGUAUUUAUUUAGUCAGGAAUGUGCAAUUGAUGUGCCUUAUUAUCCUUGUUUAAGGGCAAAAUUAUCAGCAUUUUGUGUAGCUGGGCAUAUAUGAAGAUUGGCCACUGUAACCAAUAAUGAGAUCAGCAUCAUAGUUUCCAGAAAGCUAAGAAAUAGCUUUGCAAAGCAAUAAGGGAAUUUUGUCCUAGAAGCUUCAAGGCUGUUCUGUUUAUCCAAUCAUCAUUGAAAAAUUGCUUUAUGAAA